GCGGGCGGAGCUGGUCCCGUUGUGCUGCGGCUCCGCGCGGCCUGCAGUCCCGGGUCCGCGCACCGCGCCGCCCGCCCGCCCGCUCUUCCGCCAUGGAGCCCGGCCCCGACGGCCCCGCCACCUCCGGUCCCGCUGCCAUCCGCGAGGGGUGGUUCCGCGAGACGUGCAGCCUGUGGCCCGGCCAGGCCCUGUCGCUGCAGGUGGAGCAGCUGCUACACCAUCAGCGCUCGCGGUACCAGGAUAUCCUUGUCUUCCGCAGUAAGAGCUACGGCAACGUGCUGGUGUUGGACGGUGUCAUCCAGUGCACGGAGAGAGACGAGUUCUCCUACCAGGAGAUGAUAGCCAACCUGCCCCUCUGCAGCCACCCCAACCCUCGCAAGGUGCUGAUUAUCGGGGGCGGGGACGGGGGUGUCCUGAGGGAGGUGGUGAAGCAUUCCUCAGUGGAGUCAGUGGUGCAGUGCGAGAUUGAUGAGGAUGUUAUUCAAGUCUCUAAGAAGUUCCUGCCGGGCAUGGCCGUUGGCUACUCCAGCUCAAAACUGACCCUCCAUGUGGGCGACGGUUUUGAGUUCAUGAAACAGAACCAGGACGCCUUUGAUGUUAUCAUCACUGACUCCUCAGACCCCAUGGGCCCUGCUGAGAGCCUCUUCAAGGAGUCCUAUUACCAGCUCAUGAAGACAGCCCUCAAGGAGGAUGGCAUCCUGUGCUGCCAGGGUGAGUGCCAGUGGCUGCACCUGGACCUCAUCAAGGACAUGCAGCACUUCUGCAGGUCGCUGUUCCCCGUGGUGAGCUACGCCUACUGCACCAUCCCCACCUACCCCAGCGGCCAGAUCGGCUUCAUGCUGUGCAGCAAAAACCCCAACACCAACUUCCGGGAGCCCGUGCAGCAGCUGACACAGAAGCAGGUGGAGCAGAUGCAGCUAAGAUACUACAACUCCGACGUGCACCGGGCAGCCUUCGUCCUGCCCGAGUUUGCCCGCAAGGCCCUGAAUGAUGUAAGCUGAGCCCAAGUCCCGCUGCUGGUGCCGCCCAGGACCUCGGGCCAGGGAGCCCUGGACAAGACCCCCACCGGCGCGCCCACCAACCAAGUGUUACAGGCCCCAGAAUGCUGCCCAGCUGCCCUGCUGGGCGGACUGUCUUUCUCUGUGGUGUUCAACCUCUAAGCCUAUACCAGCUGUGUGCAGCGUCAUCUCCGCCUCUGUCACCCCUCACUCACCAAACACGUGUAUUUAUAACAAAGUUCUGAAUCGUGUGUCCCCAGACCUUGAAUGGACCCAGGCAGGAGCUGCAUCACCCAUUAUUGGGUGCUCCUGUGUGCCAGGCUCGGCUGGACCCGGCGUCUGGCCUCCCAGUGUCUGCCACAUGUCUGGGCAGGCUGGGCCUUCCCGGUGUAACCUUGGACCAGCACCUGUGCUUUGGCACCAAGAGACACAGCAGUCAUCAAACUGGACCCAAAUCUGCCCUGAGAAAGCUGCCUUAGUCAUUCCUUCACCAAGCCCGACACAGCCAGUGGUGACAGACCUCUGGGGCCAGGGCUGAGGGGUUGACAAGAUCAUGGCGGGGGGGGGUGGGUGCGCUGCUCUGGGGCUGCCCUGCAGUGUUCUCAGGAGGUGCUGAGGAUUGUUAGGUCCCACCCCAGACCCCAGAGGGCUGGCUGGAGCUUGGUUUGUGUCCAGUUACUGGGGCCUUUUUAAGCAUAUCAUGUGGCCUGACUUGGCUCAGGAUUCAGACCUGGGUUAAAACCCUGCCCACCCCUCUCCUGGGCGCCCUCUGGUACAUUCCUAGAAGUUCCCCUAAGUGCUGAGAGGUUGAAAAAGCAGGUGAGGGUGGCCACACCAGGGCUCCAUGGGCACAGGACUGUCCCCUCUCCAUGGUGCUGAACAUGCAGACGUGCCUCACCCUUCCUGAAGACCAGGACUCAGACUGGUAGGAAAGGAGCCGCCAUGGCAGAGUGUGGAUUGGGGGAUGGGGGGCUCCAGCACACCCAUCUCAGGAUCCAUAAGAGAGGGCCUUGCUCCUUGAAAUAUCACCAACCCCUUUCCCCAGCCUUGGCAGAGGUACUGCCACGGGAUAGACAACCUGGGAGACUUGGGGGCAGGGAGGGGACAAGGGUGGCCCCAGCCUGGAGUGGUGCUAGAACGCUCCCUGGCCCCGCCCUUACCCUGGGCAGCUACCUUGGACCCCCAUUCAGCAGGCGCUGGGGCUGAAGUCAUGGGGAUGAGGGGGCAGAGGUGGGGCACAAGUGUCCAGCUGUGCAGCCAAACUCGAGUGGCCCCCGGUCACUCAUGCCCUCAGGGUGCUGCAUACCCCACACCCAUCCCUAUGAACGCAACAGACUUAGCAGGUCUGAUCCCAAGCUAACCCCCAUUCCACCCCCAAUCCCAGGAUAAUCUUCAACCCCAACUUGGGAGCUAAAUCAUGUGCCCCAGGGGCUCCCUGCUCUCCCAGGGAGGCCAAGUGAAGUCCAGACUUGUCUGGGCUGUAACUUGAGCAUCAAAGGAAGACUAGUAUUGGCUAGUUGUGGAGCACUGACCCACCGCCUGUCAAUUCCUUUAACCUUCACAACCGCCUAUGAGGAAGAUCAGGAAAAUGAGGUGACAAGCUAGUGAGCAAGUUGAGGACACACCAGGCACUCCUUCCAAGAGCCUCUCCACUCUGCUUACCCCUGCCUGCCUCUGCAGCCCAGCCUGAGCACCCUGGGCUCCCAGCAGGGCCCCUUCUCUCCACAGCCCAUCUUACCGACCAAGCUCCAGGAAGGUGCAUCCCGAGGGAGGCCCAGGGAAUGCUGCUGGCAGGGCAGGUGGACACAGGAAGAGCUCAGAGGGCUCAACCUGGGUCUGGAGCUCCACUCCGCUGAUAUGAGCCACUCACAACUCCUGACUUGGUUGCCCCAUCUGUAAAAUAGGAGCAAUGGUCCUCACCUGUUACAGGCUUUAUUAAGCAUAUCGUGGUGCUCACUGAGCUAGUAAAAAUCAGAGCGGCCUCUCAGGGCAGAGGAAGAAGGGGACAGGCAGGCCCACGUUGCGGAGAGAGCUGGGGCUAUUUAGGAAACGAGAAUGCCUAGCCCAGAAGUUGAAGUUGUCGGCAGUGUAAAUCCCCCCACUCCCCAACUUUUACUAACGUGUCCUGCACACACGUACACCCCUCGAAGGGGUCUCCAUUAAGGUCUAGCCCCGAACCCCGCAUCAGGGUGGACAUGGAGACGCGGACUGACCUGAAGCAGAAGCACGGUAUUUAGCGAAGACAUGACCUGAGUCCCCUCAAGUCCCAGGAAUCAUGGAGAGGGCCCUGAACAGGCCCAGUUUUUUGGAGAAUAAAAUUAACCCUACCUAUUUAGAGCUUUGAAGUUUAGUUAUUGAUCAAAGUUAGCCAUGCUCCUGGUUUAAGGAUCCAAGUGUUGCCCUGUGGGUUGUUAGAAAGAAAUCAGGCCUCCUGUGCCCACUUUUCUCCCUGGAGGCAGCCACGUUUACCUCUUUUAGCUGAUUGUUUUGGUAUUUACCUUCAUGUCUCUAAAUAACAUGCUUGUAUUACUGUUUCUCACCUUGUCA